CAACUUGCGACAACCACGAUGGCCUCAUCCACGCGUCGGACAGCGGCAACGCGUCCCAAACGACGUGUAGAAGACGAACUUGUGGAUGGCAUCGCUUCUCUCUCCCUCUCCGACAAGGCAGAACAAAGACUCGCCUCAAUGCGAGCCGUGAAUAGUGCUUCACAAGAGCUCUCCACGAUCGUUCAGUCAGGCUGGCGGAAGUCGGGCGACCCCAAGUCCACAUUUGCCACGAAAUCCAAUGCUGCAGCCACCAAAGCCGCUAAACACCUUGCUAUUCUUCGGGAUGUGUCGCCGGACGAUGUUGACAUCGAGAGAGCAGCGGGAAGUGUGUUAGGGAAAUUAGUUGCGCUCGAGAUGAUGGACUCCGCGCUUAGUGCGUUGAAAGAGAUGCAUCCACGCCUAUGUGCCAUCCUCAAGGUCAACACACAGACGAGAAAGUCGACAGAAUAUCUCUAUCUUCUCUCUCUACCUUGCACAGAAUCCGAGUCGUCUCCCGUCAUCAUGAACCUCGUCACCACAUUUCUACUACACUCACUACUCACUCUCUCCUCGCUGCCACUGGUCAAAAAAGCAUUGCCCGCUUUUACCACCGCUCUUACGAAGGAUUCUACUAUUCUAUCGUGGUCACCAGCUCUUUCGUCAUCACAUUCAGAUUCUCUUUUAACUCGGGCAUACAGCGGUAUAAUGAAACUAGCCGGAAGUCUCCAGUCGUAUCCUCGCGAAACUUUUCUUUUGCGAGACUAUGCUUUGCGCUGUCUUGCACGAACGUCGCCCGGGAAGAUCGAAUCUGGGCUGUUUUGGGAACAAUGUGUGAAAGCGGCUGGCGCUUACAUUAAGGCUCUGGGUUCGGCACCCGACGAGGCACAGACGAUUUUAUUGUCGUUCACGAACAUUGUAACUCUGGCCCAGUCCCGAGACGACGCAGAAAGCUUCUUGACAGGAAAAGGGUUCAUCUCGUUCUGCGAAUACUGGAUGAGUCUGGCUACUCGGCUGGGAGAUAUUCCAAUACUCAAUCGCGUCGCUUUGCUCAUUGGCAACCAACCUGGAACAUCUAAAAGCGCCACGCAGUCCACAUCGCCGAGCUCUUCUUCAGACGAUAUACUUUUGCGUGGCACCCAGUUAUAUACUGUGCUGUCCCAAACAACUGCAUUGCUAGAUUCGGCGUCCGAGCCUGAUCAACUGCGUUCCAACUUGCAACGAACGAUUGAAAUGCUCAAUAGUGACGGUCUUCACAUGAUGCUCUUACCAACUGAGCCAGCCCACGAAAUAUCGCGUAUCUCCGGCAAAGUUCAAAGAGCAAUCGAACGCUUACGGCGAAGUGCUGUCAAAUUCGUUGAUAAAAACCCUAUGCUAGAAGUGCAAGACAUUUUGGACACUGUUACAACUAUCUUAGAGGCAGCCUUAAACAGCGAAACUCCACCGAUUGACCUCCUCCUCACACCUGCACUCGACACAUUGUUUGCAUUAGCGAAAUUAAAGCUUAACAUUCGAGAUCCAUUAUCUUACGAAACUUCCUAUUCGUUUCUCCAACGUGCUGCAGCCCUUCUCGAGACCAAUGACCCAGAGACGCUUGCAAAGGCGAACUACAUUCGCUGCAUAUCAGGAGCAUUUCACAACAUUGCCGGAACCCUCUACCAAGCAGAAAAGUAUGCGGGGGCAUCCCGUUUUCUGCACGACGGUUGUCGAUUGGGUGAACAAGCAUUUGAUAUGUACUCUCGAACUCGUGGAACCGAAAGUACGAAAAUGUCGGAAGGAUGGCUGCAGCUGGAGGAACAGCUAUGGAGGCGCUACGAGCUUUUGGCUGUUUGUUGCUCUAAGAUCGGUGACCGGAAGCUUGCAUUGAAGAGUUUCAUCAAGGCCGCUUCUUGCUAUCCUUACCGUCGAUAUGAAUUUGGCAAAAUUGCAGACAGCUGUGCUGGGAUUGAUGUGUUCAAAACGAUCGCCGGUGGAAUGCAACUAAGCAACAUUGUAGACCGCAUCACCCAUCUCGGCGUUUUCGAUCUAUUUCUCCCUGCCUCCGAUAUCUCUUUGCGCUCUGUUCAACCUCUUACAAUGGCCGGCGCGUUAUUGGAGCGACAAAUGCAGAGUCUCGAGGGAAGUAAAUGGAAGGAGAAUGGUCGGACUGCAUUACGCAUACUAUUCGGUGACUUGCUGGCCACAUAUGGAGACAUCAAUAUGCCAGUCCGGAGAGCGCGCGUGUUGGUCUCCAUUCUUGAGUUUAUGUACCACGUUGGAUCCGAGCACGUGAUCGAGUGGGGCUCACCGUCAGAAAUUGGCGAUCAAGUCGAAAGGAUUCUCACCCAGAACGACUUUGGUCAAGACUCGGGUCUCGCUGGGUUUGCUCCUCAAUGGCGGGCUGUGACCCAUCUAUGGCUUGCCCUUCACGCCCAUCGUAGUGGUGAUUGCGAACAAACGAGGCGUGUUGCCCACCAUGUUGAGAUGGCCUGCUCAGUAUUUGAGCCUAUGGCCGGUAUAGCUGCGCCAGUGCGACCAAGUCCCAGUGUAACCAAGAAGAUUAGCGUGAAAAAGCCACCCGCAACCCAGAAGAAGAAGGUCGUACCCCCCCGACGAAUACCAGCUACGAAAAAAACACCCGCCUCCAUAAACCCCAAGACACCUCAACCUCGCCCUCGUCAAACUGUGGAAGCUCAACCAGCGACAUCGGCGGAACCAUCGAAUACGGCGUCAAUAAUUGAAGACUUUGAUAAACUAGUAGAUCUGCUAGAGCUUGUCGCAUGUAUUCUUGGUCUAUUGACGCAGGAUUUACUCAAGGUUCGAUUGUUGGAAAUAACGAGACGCUUGUGUGAAAAGUAUCCAACGUCUUCAACCGAUGGCUACCUAACUGCAUCCGCCGAACUGGCUUUGGAGUACAUGAAACUCGGAAAAUCUAAGCGGGCAUACACGAUAUUGACACGUUCGCUGGAUAUAAUGAAAAGUGGCAAACAUUCCGAUGGCGCUGGUACUAUGUUCUAUUUGAGACACGCAGAAUGUAUGGCGCUGUCGGAAGACCUUAUGAGAAGCUCAGAGCUAUACCGCGAGGCUUUGACCCGAGCCCAACUUGUCAGUGAGGAGACAAAGGGCAUGAUGACAGCUGAGCGCGUCCGCUUCAGGGUCGGCAAUCUAGAGCGAGCAGCCGUUGCAUGUCACGUAUUUGCAUUAAUGCAACACUGCAGGGAAGAUACUGCUGCUUCCUUGGAAUCGAUAUUGCAGUCAUUGAGACUUUGGAACCGCGCUCUAGACGCAUUGACACGUCUACGGCCUCAACCGUCAAAGCCCAUCGACGAGGACGAUAAUCCUUUCAGCUCUUCCCCCAAAACGGAUGCCGCAUCAACGGAACAGCCAAUGCCGUCCAAGACUUUUCCACGCCGAAAUGCGAUGAGUUCGAUGGAGUGGCGCGUUUGUGAUGGCCUUUUGGCAACCUUAUUCGCUCUGUGCGAGGCAUAUUUUACGCGUGGCUCAGCGCGAGAAGCAGAAUACUUUGCUCAGCAAGCAUUCGACUUGGCACAAUCCAUCAACACACCGGCACUUGCAGCACGUGCAUUGGCCAAGAAGGGAGAGCUUCAGCUUCACCAAAGGCAGUUACAGGAAGCUCAUUUAACCCUCCUCCAAGCCAACGAUCUAUUGGAAAACCUAUCCGGAAGGGACAUUGCGGAUAUCCGGCGCUUACGUGGUGACUACAGUCAUCUGAGCUCUCAAGACAAAGACGCUCGUCAACUCUAUGAGGAGGCAACUUCGAUAUUAGAAGGAUUGGACAAGAAUUUUGGGGUCUUAGAUGAAAUUUUAUCGACUCGACGAACCUCUGAGUUGACGAAUGUCGAAAUUCUUCACCCUGACGUGCUUGCAACAGUUCUUCGGCAACAUAUUUGGCUGCUGCGAAAUGUUGGGGAGGAUAGAACACGAUUAUUGCAGCGAUUCCUCACCCUUCCGGCUGGUCCACGCAGCAAGGCUCAAGAAAAUGCUUUAAUGGCCAAAUUGACGCUUCACGAAGUUUACGAACGAUUUGCUACAGAUAUGUUCUUGAGCUCAAUGGCGGAGUCCACUAUUGCAUUGCCAAUGGGCAUGUCGAGUGAAAAGGCCCUGACGAUAGCACCUUCAACCCACGACGUAUUGCGCACUCUCGAAAAUGCAGAACAUCUCUUCUGGCUGGAGGUGUCUCUUUUCUCUCGGAAGGGCGAUGUUUCCCGAGUUCGUGAUGCUGUGGUUUCUUUGGCAUUGAUUCGAGCCCUUCAAACAUCACUUGGGAAGUCCGGAAGGCAGGAUGCUGUUCUUGUGGCCGGCCUUUUGGAUGUUUCGAGUGCCAUAACCCUCAGUCGCGAGAUGCUCGAGGCGGUACACCAUAAAUUCCCUGCGAUAGCCACAGACGAUCUCGAGUGGCCAUUGACUUCGAGAAAUGGUAGUCCGGUGCUUCGAGGCAAACAGAAGCGUCUGGUCCCACAAAGUCAAGGUUUCGAUUCGGACUUGGAUGUGUCGGAUGACGAGGACGACGAGCAACAGGCUCUUCGAGACUAUUGGGAACACAUCAGGAGCAAAUAUCAAAGCCAGGCUCCAGAUAUCUCGACAAUCUCCGCAUCUCAAAUGGCCAAUGUUCCCCAAAAUUGGACCAUCCUUCAUAUGGGAGUGACGGACGAUAAAAGCACUCUGUUCGUCACAAGACAAUAUGGCGGGGAUGUCAGCACAAACCCGCUUGUGUUCUGCAUUCCGCUUAAAGGAAGGCGGGAGGAAGACGAAACCGACAGCUUGACGUUUGACGCCGCGUUGCGCGAGUUCGACGAGAUCAUACGGCUAAGCGACGAAGGCACCAGACGGGCAAUCCAUGUCAAGAACGAACCGGAAGCUCGAGCACAAUGGUGGAAAGAACGCACAGCAUUAGAUCAGCGCUUACGUGAGCUACUGGAAAAUAUCGAGUACUGCUGGUUGGGGGCUUUCAAGACGAUACUUUCUCCAAGAGCCAAUCUCUCUGCUUCAGCAAUCUCGGAUCUUCGCGUUCAGUUUGACAAAGUUUUCCAUCGCGGCCUGCGCUUUCAGGACAAGAACUUCAAAACUAAACCCGCUCUUGCACAUCGCCGUAUGCCUUCUGAAACCCAGAUUCCAAGUAGGGUCACCCUGGACGACGUCCUUCUAGAAUGUUUUUCGACACUGUCACCCCAAUGUCGCGAUGAAGAGCUGGAGGAUCUUGUCUUCUUUGUGCUCGACCUUUAUCAAUUCCAUGGCGUCCCUGUUGCUAUCGCGGAGGUCGAUAUCGACCAGGUCGUCGUCGAUCUUCGCGGUGUGCUGGAGGGACAUCAUGCACGGUUGGCAGGAAGGAGAAGAGGCGAACCUCCAGUUACCAAAGUGGAGGAGGAUGAGCAUAUGUUUUUGAUUCUUGACAAGAACAUUCAAGGGCUGCCUUGGGAAAGCAUUCCAACUCUCCGUGGCCAAAGCAUCAGUCGAAUUCCAAGCGUCGACUUUCUUCUUGAUCGUCUCGAGCUCGCGGGCUGGGGCUCGAAAGAGCCAGCCAAGAUUGACCGCGCUCGUGUCGACCCACGCAAUGGGUACUGCCUGCUCAAUCCCAGUGGUGAUCUUGUUCGAACGGAGGGCCGGUUCAAAGACUGGCUAAAGGGCAUGGAAAAGGCUGGUUGGCAGAGCUUGGUGGGCCAAGCACCGAGUGAGCAGCAAUUCUUGGAUGCGUUGAGGAAGAAAGAUCUGGUCGUAUAUUUCGGUCAUGGCGGGGCUGAGCAGUAUGCGCGCUCACACAAGAUCAGACAACUUCCUCGUUGUGCUGCCACGAUGCUCUGGGGGUGUUCAUCGGGUAUUCUGAGGGAGAUGGGCGACUUUGAUCGUGUGGGGACACCGCACAACUACAUGCUUGCUGGCUGCCCGACUUUAGUGGCGAAUAUGUGGGAUGUAACCGACCGCGACAUUGAUGUCUUUUCGCAGUCAGUUUUCGACAAACUGCAUCUCGACGCGGAGAGUGCACGUGACUGGACAGGCAACGGUCAAACCUCCCUGGUCGCUGCAGUGGCUCAGUCACGAUCGUCAUGUAAGCUCAAGUACUUGACUGGUGCCGCGCCAGUCGUAUAUGGCAUUCCGUUUUACCUAUAA